CCGAGCAACCUCUACUGUCUCGCUUGAUGACUCAGAAUGACCGCUGAUAUUUCCGACGGCACCUAAAGGCAGCGUUAGUUGAGUUCAGAGGUUCGGAGCAAACAAAGUUAGAGUAAACAAACAUGAACCGACCUGGGAACAGAACCUCUGAGGUUCUGGGAGCUUUAGUUCUUCUACUUUUCUUUUAUUCAGUCAGAGGUGACUACUGUGAGGUGAAUCUUUGCCACAAUGGAGGGACAUGUGUGACAGGGGUAGGAGACGAUCCCUUCAUCUGCAUCUGUGCAGAUGGCUUCGGUGGAGACACCUGUAACCUGACAGAGACAGGGCCGUGCAGUCCAAACCCCUGCAAGAACGAUGGGUCGUGCGAGGUCAUUGCUCCGACCAGACGAGGCGAUGUUUUCAGUGAAUACCUCUGCAGGUGUCAGUCGGGAUUUGAGGGAGUGCACUGCCAGAUCAACGUGAACGACUGUGCCAACCAGCCCUGUAAGAAUGGAGGCACCUGUCGAGAUCUCGAUGGAGACUACACCUGCCACUGCCCCUCCCCGUAUGUUGGAAAGCAGUGCCAGCUGCGUUGUAUUUCCCUGCUGGGGAUGGAAGGAGGAGCAAUCAUAGAGUCCCAGAUCUCUUCCUCCUCUGUGCACUACGGUGUUCUGGGUCUUCAGCGCUGGGGCCCCGAGUUGGCCCGUCUCAACAACCAGGGCAUUGUCAAUGCCUGGACGUCAGCCUCCCAUGACAGGAACCCUUGGAUUGAGAUUAACAUGCAGAAGAAGAUUCGUCUGACAGGCAUCAUCACUCAGGGCGCCAGUCGCAUGGGUGCAGCUGAGUUCAUCAAGGCCUUCAAAGUGGCGAGCAGCUUGGACGGAUUCAGUUACAUCACCUACAAAGGAGACAGCCUACGAAGGGAUCAGGUUUUUGUGGGGAACUCUGAUAACGACGGCACCAAGACCAACAUGUUCGACCCGCCCAUCGUGGCCCAGUACAUCCGGAUCGUCCCUGUGGUCUGCCGCCGGGCCUGCACGCUGCGCAUGGAGCUGGUGGGCUGUGAACUGAAUGUCCGUUCCAACACGGCAGGUUGCUCCGAACCUCUGGGGAUUAAAUCUCGCCUCAUCUCUGAUGAGCAUCUUACAGCCUCCAGCACUUUCCGCACGUGGGGUAUCGACACCUUCACCUGGCACCCUCAGUUCGCUCGGCUGGACAAGGCGGGGAAGACAAAUGCCUGGUCUCCUGCACAAAACAACCGUUCAGAGUGGAUCCAGGUUGAUCUAGGGAAGACGAAACGACUCACGGGCAUCAUCACUCAGGGGGCGAAGGACUUUGGUGUGGUGCAGUUUGUGUCAGAGUUUAAAGUUGCAUACAGCGACAACGGAGAGGUGUGGAGUAUGGUGAAGGAUGAGAACAGCGGUGAAGAUAAGCUUUUCCAAGGAAACACUGAUAACAACACUCAUAAGAAGAACAUAUUUGAGGCUCCUUUCUACGCCCGGUUUGUCAGAGUCGUCCCCUGGGAGUGGCACGAACGCAUCACUCUACGCAUGGAGCUGCUGGGCUGCGAUGACUAGAACCUGACAGACGUCUGCUCACGUCUCCAGCAGAACCAUCCUCAUCCAGCCGCCCAACGUGGAACAUACUGCGGAGAUUUGAGUGGACUCGUAGCACUUUCUCAUUAGAGAUUUAUUUGUAUUUACAUGGCAUCACCAGUUGUUUUGUGUUGACGUUGACAUUUCUAACUCUUCCAGUAUGAAGACUGACCGGUGAAGUCAGGUCUUAGCAACAUUUUCAUGAGAUUUUUUUUAAUUGCAAUUUGUCUUUUUUUUCCCUCUACGGUUCGUGUGUCAUUUUAUUCUAAUUUGGUAUUUCUACUAAAAAUGUAAAAUAUGUAGAAAAUGUAUAAAAGAAAAAUUUUUUUCAUUGUUUUUGUAACUUAUUGUUGGUCUUAAAGCUGAGAUCAUUAUUAAAUACUGGAGUAAG